AUGGACUCAAUUACUAGCGAUCAAUUCGCACACGUAGCGCUCGAUUGCAAUCGUGACAAACCAGCAUUCAGCACACCACAACAGUGUUUAUCCGACCGAAACGUACGUAUUGUUCUUCCCUGCUUUAUCAGCAUAUCGGCCGUUACCUCGCAUCGUUCCGAUGAAUCCUUAAUCGUAUUCCUAUCGUCAACUUACUUUCAGGACUAUCUGACGCCAAAAGGUUGCGGAUAUGCUGCCAAUUCGCGCCGACGUGAAAGUAAACAGAGGCAAAUGUCUUACUUGGUAAAGGCAGCAAACUGGUUGUUCGGCUUUGGUUCCUCGCAAAAGGCAGUUACAAAAGGCACACAAGAAAUUCAAUCAUCACAUGAACGAGAAAUAAUACGUCCACAAUCUGAUAAGAAAGAUCCUGACGAGUUCGACGUGAACGAGACCAUGGCUAGUGGCAAAACGGAUUGCGACGCUGUCGUCUGGCAGACAGAUUUCUGGAAGGACGACAAAUACGAAGAUGCCCACCUAUCAAUGCGUGCAAGACUGUGUUAUACAGGACUUUCCACGGUUCUUGGUGACGGACUAGAGUUUAUCUGUGAUAUAUCGUGCUUUCUGUCCCGAGCUGCCACGGAUUACCCCGCGGCUCUGUAUCCUGUGGCAGUUGUUGAUGUGCGGUCCAGCAUGGAGUACUCUUCCUGUCCGAUCACAUUUCCCUAUCCACGUUUGGCAACAUAUUCUGCUCUCGUAGCUCAGUGUCUUCGCCGCGACUUGAAUGUUAGACCCGGGAAUGUCGUCGCUGUACUGAUGAGAAAUAGCUACGAAGUCAUGGUAGUUCACUACGCUUGUGCAGCAAUUGGCGCUCAGUUGCUUAAUCUGAACACACAAUUGGUCGCGAAUGAAAUGGCACUUAUUCUGGCUGAAAGCGGUGCGAUGACAAUUGUAGCAAAUCCUUUGACACACGAAGAGGUCUUGCAGGAAGUACUUCGUGAAAAUAGCUUUGAAAGAUGUACACCGUCUCUCGUCAAUGUCCACUGCAUGACACGCUUAAGUAGCACAAACCACGCUAAUACAAGUGGUUGGUUAAAUAGAGGAGAGAAGCUAAGGUGGACAGAAAUCCUUGCUUUCAGCUGUCAUGCUGCCCCUCUUGAAUUUUCUUCCAUAGCAAUCGCACUUGCAACACCCGCGCACAUUUACUACACCAGUGGCACCAGCGGAAAACCGAAGGGUGUGAGCUUAACACAUGCUGUGGUUGCGAGGCAUGCGGUGGCUACUUGUUCGGAGAUGCACAUGAACAACGACGAUAUUUGGCUGCAUGUUGCUCCAAUGUUUCAUCUCGUAGACGCAUUUGCCAUUUACAGUGUGACAUUUGUUGGCGGUAGGCAUGUUGUUGUUGAACGCUUUGAAGCUUCAAAUGCUCUAUGCACAAUUGAGCGCGAGGGCGUGACUAUCACAAAUAUGGCGUCUACAAUGGUUGCAAUUAUUUGCACAAAUGCAAAUGCGCAUCACUUUGAUCUGUCGAGCUUACGAGUUUUGUCGUGUGGUGGAUGUCCACUAGCCCCUGCAUCCGUCACAAAAACUUUCUCAACUUUCGGAUGCGAGUUUUUCAUCAGUUAUGGCAUGACUGAAUGUUGCGGCAAAAUUAGCAUGUCAAUAAUUGAUCGUAAGUUUUUGCGGUCAAAUAAUCAUGAUGUCUGCCUUGCGACAAUGCAAACCAGUGGCCGGCCGUUCUUUCUCAUGGACGUCAAGGUGGUCGAUCUGAAAGCAAACGCGGGCUCACAUGCACACGAAAAUGGUCUAAAAGAUGCGAGUCGUAUCCCUCGUAUUGGUGAGGUACGAGUACGUGGCCCAACAACAUUUGGAGGAUAUCUGCAGCAGGGAGACGCACAAUUAGAACAUUUUGACGAUUGCGGCUGGUUUCGCACUGGCGACCUUGCCACCGUCGACAGCAACGGCUACAUCACCAUCGUUGACCGAGCAAAGGAUAUGAUCCUCUGCGGAGGGGAAAACGUUUACUGUGCUGAGGUUGAGGGAACAUUAUUUGCACAUCCAGCUGUCGGGCAGGCAGCAGUGUUUGGAAUCACCCAUCCGUUAAUGGGUGAGAUGGUGCAAGCUGCAGUAACGAUUCGACCAGACACGACCGAUGACCAAACUGAAAUAAUCACAUAUUGUCGCAGGAGGUUGAGCCGUUACAAGGUACCCUCCAUUGUAUUUGUUGUUAAAGAGCUCCCAACGAGUGCAAACGGUAAGGUCAUGAAACAAUCACUGCGUGAACAAUGUCAAGAUGUUGCAACGCCAAGUCGACGCAAUUCGACACCGUCCACGAUUUCGAAUGCAUUUAGCAGUCCAAUGAAAGGUUCUACUUCAACGCAUCGUCGUGCAUCAACACAUAAUUUUUUAACAGCCAUGAAUUAUCCUGAAUUUAAAUAUCCAAGCAAAAAAUGUAUUCUCCUUGGUGGAAGCCUAAUCGAUGCACUCGGCCACGCGGAACUGUUGUUCACAGGCGUGACGCGCACCGAGGCGACGAUUGUUGUUCAAUCGAACACCGCAUGGAAUAGUAUCCGCGAUACGUGUAUGUUCAGUGAGAUGAUCCAUCGCUAUUUUGGAAUAAUUUCAAAAAUUUGUUUUGUUUCUGACAUAAGGAAUCAUAAUUGCGUUCAAGCCGCAAUUUCAAUUGUGCAAAGGACAGCAGUUGGUGCAAUUGUUAAGGUAUCCACAUUCACUGGGACAGAUGAAGGACAUGUUGGACACAACGCUAACCGAGCCAGGCAGCACCGAUUAGAAUGCACUGAAAAAAACACAAAAAUCUUAGAGAAUUAUGACAGCGUGCUCAAUGCAGUCCAGCUUGCUCUCCGUCAAAUUUGUCCCAAGCAAUAUUAUUUGGUUGCUGAAGGUUCUGUACCGCUGACGAAUGCAGGACUGUCGAUUCAAACAUUGACACAAUUUCAAGCUGUGCUUGAAGUCAACUUUGGGGUAUCAUUAACCCCUUCAAUCGAUUCUUUAACUAUUCAUGAAAUUUCAGAACAUAUCUACAACCUGAUUCAACCAGCGAUGACGACUCAGAAGUCAGUUGCUCGGGUUAUUCAUAACGCGAUUGCGUCUACCUUGGGACUAGCUCUGCGUGAUGGAGAUGUGCCAUUUGACGAAAAUAUGCCGCUGAUGGAUGCGGGACUCAGCUCCCUUGGAGCUGUCCAGCUACAGGAGACACUGUCUCGAGAGUUUGGGGAGGAAAUGUUGAAUAGACCCAUUCCAGCAACUCUCGCGUUCGAUUACCCAUCUAUUAAUCAGAUCAAAGCAUUCUUUAUUGGUUCAAUGAUAGACGGUCCGAAUCGUUCGGAACAGAGCAAGAACUCAGUCAGUGAAAUCAGUGGUCAAGGGUCCAAGCACAUUACUGGCAUGGAUGCACUGGACAUCACAUGCCAUAUUCUCGGGAUCGAGUGCAGAGCGCCAGGAUCUCAGAUUGAGAUCUCGUCUGACACUAGGCUUACCUUAGAUAGUGUAUCAGUCACGCCACUUUCGCGUUGGGAUCUUUAUUUCAUUUGUGCUAAAGAUAUUGGUGACCUGCCACCAAAUUUUGGUGGCAUGCUUCCUAACAUUUCUACAUUUGAUACUGGCCUUGUCAGAAUGGGCAAAGCAGAGACAGACAAUCUGGAUCCACAACAACGUUUGGUACUCACUUCUACGAUUUCAUUAUGGAUUAUGGACUCGAGUGUGGCUCGCUGCCAAAGUGCAAAGUUUUGGGCAACUUUCAUCGGAAUGUCACGGGUUGAGUAUCCCAUCAUUUAUCAAACAAAUGCAUCAGUUUUAGGACCGCACCACGCUACUGGCUCACACCUAUCAGUGACUGCUGGAAGAGUUGCUUUCGUCCUAGGCCUGGGGGGCGCCGCCGGUGUAGUUGACACAGCCUGCUCUUCAUCACUCGUGGCAUGCAUGAUCGCGAGAUCAUGGACACUCAAUGAUAUGAAAUUGAUUGAUACCUUCUCAAACACACAACCACGUUCUUUCGCCGGCGGAAUAAAUCUAACAUUGUGCGUGUUUUGGUCACUCGCAUGCACAGCAGCCCAAAUGCUAUCAAGUGAAGGUCGCUGCAAGACUUUUGAUAGAGCUGCAAACGGAUAUGUACGUUCUGAGGCGAUCGGAAUUUUACAUCUGAGCGGAAACUCAUCAUUAAAUAUCUGCCACCAAGUUGUGACUAGUGCCCCAAAAUAUGUUCAAAUCAUAGGGGUUUCCUCAAAUCAAGAUGGAAGGAGCAGUGCUUUAACUGCACCAAACGGCCCCGCACAGCAUGAUGCAAUUCGAAGUUGUUUAGUAAUAUGCCGGAUUGACCCUCGGCAGUUUUCAACCUUGCAGACACACGGCACAGGGACAGCACUGGGCGAUCCUAUUGAAGUGAAUGCGGCAAUUGCUGCAUUUUGUUGUGAUUCUGCUAGUAGGCUAAGACCGCUAGAGCUAGCAGCGUGCAAAUCUAUAUGCGGACAUGCAGAGCCGGCCGCUGGGAUUUUGGGCCAAUUCGCAGCUAUUAAUGAAUUAAAUUUGCUCUGGAGGCAUCCCUUGACACACCUUCGAGGGCAAAAUACACAUAUAAUAGCAGCACUGAAAUCGACACCUUCUGGAACAGCGGAAUCUCUGAUUUCUUUCUCCAAACAGAUCGCAGAACAUACGGAUAACUCAGGUUACUCCUCAGUGAGUGCUUUUGCGUUCCAGGGCACAAACGCCAACUCAUCGCUACUGGCUGUGAAUACUUUAUCAUCAAACUGUAAAAAUGGUCGCGGUACUCUUCUUAAUCAAAAGUCAUACUGGCACCAACCUUUAUGGCAUGCAUGGCUACAGCGAUGUUCCGUAGAUGUCGUGGGACCGCAUCCGUGUAUCUUAUACCGUGUGCACGUGUCGCCAGCGAUUGCUAACCUGAAAGAUCAUGUGGUGCAUAGUAGGAUGUUCUGUCCAGUCGCGGCAUACAUGGAGAUUUCAGUAGGCAUACUUCGUAAGCAGGAUCGCAAUAUCCAAUCUGCAACUGUGUGUUACUCAACUAUUCCGUGUCCAAUGUUACUGAACAAGGUGAACAAAUGCACAACUGUGGAUGUGCAUGUUUGCUGCAAGACCAGCAAGAUUCAGGUAAAGUCCUUUGACGACUCCAAUACACGCUCGAGCUUACAUCUCGAUUGUACUGUGCAUGAAACAAUUGUUUCUGAUAAUGUGCCUUGGAACGACACUCUCAAGCAUAUCACAAAGUGGGACGAUGGAAUAUUCAUUAAUUUGCCCUUGUGUGCAGUGGUUUCUCGCACAAGUAAUGUGACAUCACAGCCCGAAAGCACGAUCAUGGAUCCUGGCUCUCUGGACUCACUUAUCCAUCUUCCAGAAGGCACAGGGGCUCACUUUCGUGGUAUAUUGGCGCGAGUUCCAGUUGCCAUUAAAGCAUUUCGUGUUUCGCGGCAACCGGUCAAUCCAUGCUUUGCAUGGUGCUCCGCGAGCGAUGAUGCGACCGGAAAUGAUGCAAACAAUCAUCAUGGCAUGUGUGGUGUCCGUAUAAUUCAACUCCACAUUACCCGGCCUCGUGCAAGAACAGAUAUGUCUGGAAAAUUACGUCAACAACCCUUCGAAAAUAUGCAUCAAUCUGUAUAUGCGAUCGAUAGACUCACAAGGCCUUCCAAAACAGCCACAUUCGCGGCAAAUACCAGCAACUUUCGCGUGUGCUCUGAUAUCUAUACCAGAAAACUGACUUAUCGCCAAACAUCUGCGUUUCUGGAAUUGGCGGUCUUUAAUGUUGACUUUAAGCUGAUUUCAGCUGGAAAAUUCGGGGAUAUGUUGCAAGGUACUGCACGAUCAUUAUGGCAUGAGUCUGUGAAGGGUUUUUCUCUGCGCAUCGAUACUAAUGAUGUACCCUUGGGUAACAGGCAUGUUUCAUUAAGCGACCCUCUGAUUCGGGAGACGUUUUCACGCGGGACAAUCAAUUCUGCAGUGCUAAUAAAAUUGAACAUGGCGCAUCGAGAAAAAAGAGGAAUGAGUUUAAGCGUCGCGAUUGAGAAAGUGUUUACAAAAACGAAACGCCUUUGCAGAUGUAGGCUGAUUAAGACAUCCAAAACAGGCACUGCUUCGGUAGGUGUUAUUUUUGGCGGUCUUGGAAAGCUCGGAGAAUCUGUGACUUCGCAUCUGUUUAUGAAUGUUUCAAUCACGUUCGUGAUGUCGUUUGGGAGAACAGGCCGUUCGAGAAGCUUAUUAUCGGAUUCUUAUCACAUGAGUGCCUUUCGGGCUGAUACGACCCGUGCAAGUGAGGCAAAAUGUGCAGUCAAUAGCGUGAGACUUCUAGGGCACAUCUUGGUAUUCAAUUUAUGUGGCACUCUUGCAGAUGCACAUUCAGCGCAGCAGUGUCCGGGGCGAAUCCGUCCAACCUUCGCGUCCAAGGCGCGAUGUGCUUUUCUGGAAUUCUUCGAGCUGCAAUUGUGGCGUAUUUCUUUUCACUUUGCGUUUUCUAGCCUCACGGCACUGAUGGGAAAUGCAGGCCAGACAGGAUAUGCCGCAGCGAAUGCAGCUUUGGACGCUGAUGCAGAAGCUCGAAGAAACGAGGGAACGCCUUGCAUGAGCAUUCAAUGGGGCGCUUGGUCAGGUGGAGGUAUGGCUAGCGGACUAGAGAGUAGGAUGAUUCAAGUUGGUGUGGGCUUGAUACACGAGAAGGAAGGACUUUAUGCGUUACAACAUAUCGUUGACGGAGAAUUUGGUUGUCAUGCUACACUGUCGGUUUGUGCAUUCCAUUGGCCAAGGUAUAACCGUGCCCACAAGUAUGUGCGCGACUCUAAGUUCUUACAAAAUUUCCAAAGAAACACCUCCAAUCAUAUUAAAGAUCUUGAAGGUCGUUGUUUGUGGCGGCCAAUCGCUGAUAGUAAAGUAGAUGAGCUUCUCCCUCGACAGAAAAUAACAGGCUGCGAGAUUACAUGUAUGGUAAAAACGGCUGUAUCCUUAAUUUUAGGUCACUCAAUCUCUUCAUCUGCACCGCUAAUUGACGCUGGAUUCGACUCUCUUUCAUCUUUGGAAUUUGCUGCCGCGCUUGAUCAAUCAAUUCGAUCGGCCGGGCUUUGUACUAUUGAGCUGCCCGUUACUCUCAUAUUUGACUAUCCUAACCAGGAUGCCAUCAUCGAAUUCCUUUCAUCAAAAUUGUCCCAUGAGCCAAACACAAGUCAAGUUUUCUCUGAGGUUCCAAGUCAGCAUGCUGCAAAUUCAGAAUGCAAUUUCUCCAAGCUGGAUCCUAACCUUCAAGUUGUGAGUAUUUUUUCACUUGUACGAGAAAUCGCAUCUUGCUCAUCCCCUAAAACAGAUAAAGUAGUACGUCUGCCAUUGUCGCGGUGGGAUUGGGACAUAUGUUCUUGUCUUUGUGCUACAUUCGGAGGGUUCAUUUCUAAUCCAGCUUCAUUUGAUAACGAGAAGUUCAGUAUCAGCCAUUCAGAAUCUGUCACAAUCGAUCCACAGCAGCGCAUUUUGCUGAUUUGCUGUGCCGUGAGCAUACCCAAGGUGCAUGGAGUCAAAUUUAGCCUGCAACAAAACAUGGAAGUUGGCGUAAUGAUAGGCAUGUCAACAACGGACUAUUAUAAACUUGCGAAUGAUGUUGGAACUAAAGCAGCUGCUACUACUGCAACUGGAUCGGCGUUCCUCAGCGUUGCUGCUGGCCGCAUAUCAUUUGUGCUAAACACAAAUGGUCCUGCACUGUCCAUUGAUACUGCUUGCUCAUCGGGCCUUGUCGCACUUCACAUGGCGACGCAGAGUUUAUUAAUGGAAUCAGGGCACAUGAGUAGGUGCAUCGUUGGAGGGGUUAAUCUCGUGUUGCAUUGGUCAACUUCAGCAAUGUUUGCAUCGGCUGGUAUGCUCGCGAAUGAUGGGCGGUGCAAAGCAUUGGACUCUCGAGCAGACGGGUACGGCCGCAGCGAGGCAUGCGUUGUUCUUUUCGUUGGGUCGCUGUUUGGUGUUAAGAAGUCCCAAAAUUCCGAUGGUGGAUCGGUUGCCAUAGUUGCGGGCUCUUCCAUCAACCAAGAUGGCCGUAGUAGCUCUCUCACAGCGCCAAGUGGCCCAUCACAGAAGUUGUCAAUUCAGCUUGCCCUUGCCGAUCUACAGUAUAAACACCAUAUAUGUUUCUCAAUCAGCACCCUCCAGACGCACGGUACAGGGACACCUCUCGGGGAUCCAAUUGAAAUCGGAGCUAUUUGCACAUUAAUUGAACGUGACUUAACUUGCGCAGUCUUAAUCCUUGGUGCAACAAAGACCUCAUUUGCACACUCCGAGUCAUCUGCGGGUCUGGUAUCCGUUGUCAUCGCAGUGAUGGAACAGAUUCGUCAAGAUUUACACGAUGGUUUGCAUCAUGUGACGCAUGUGAAUCCACACAUCUCGUCGGUGCUAAAAAUCAUCCCGGUAGAGACCUCCAUUGAACGGCAGAUUGCCCCAGCAUUUCGUUACUCCGGCUGCCGAAAUGGAAAAUCUACAUCACUCCCAAUAGGUUGUAACGCAUUUGCAUUUCAAGGCACAAACGCGCAUCUCAUCCUUAUUCAGUGGCCGGAUGCCGUUAUUGGACUCGGUCUAGAUGGACCGCAGGUUCCUGCAUGGUGUGCAGAGAGAUUCUGGCUAUUUCCGACGCCACAUCGAAUAAUUGCCCACUUCUCAUUGACUGGAUGCAAAUUUGCAUGUAUUGCUGCUGAUCUGGGAUCAACGUCGUGGAUUAAAGACCAUAUUGUACGGGAACGAAUCAUCCUUCCGGGAGCGGGCGCUCUUGAGAUAGCUCAGGCGACCGCGUGCAUCGCAUGUUUAAGCAACACUUUUUCUGUUGCAGUUGGAGGAGUUUCGAUUGCGGCUCCGCUUGAGCUGUCAAAUUUUCGAUUUGACGUGAAGUUGGAUGUAGGAUUGGGUGUUGUCAGGAUAGGCUCGCCAGUGAUCGGCAUGACCAUAACGGGUCGAAUCCAUACAAAUACAAUCAAUCACGACAACAGUAACGCUCGAUGCGAGUUUGAAAUAAGAACACUAUUCUUCAUAAAGUUAUAUUGUUUUCUCACUUACGAUGGGUGCACACCUCAUGAAACUUGUGCUUUCAGAGGUGCCUUCGAGGGUAACAUUUUUAGCAGAAUCAGCUGUUGUACAAAUGACGGACUGCUCAUGUGUCCAGCAGCGCUCGAUGCAACAUUCCAAUCGUUAUCUGCCACGUGGCACACACAAUCGCAAGAGGAGCUCACACCAGUAGAACUGAAUGUCCCGACUGCAUUUGCAACAUAUGCUGUGAUCGAAAAACUAAGAACGAAUUCUUCUGUGAACUUCGCAAGAUCACAAUUGGACGUUAUGGACGAUAUCCACGGUGCUAAAAUUAGCGACCACAACAUUCUUUAUCGUUGUGAUGUUAAAGGUAUGGCCUCAAAACCUGUGUGUUACGAACUCAAAACUUCCAACUCUCCGUCAUCUCUAACAGCCUUAAUAGAAGAGCGGCGCAAAUCUACCUCUCCUGGUCAUUUUGUAAGCAAUCAUAACAUUGUCCAUCGUACUACUUCUGAUGCAAGACAUCUUCUGUGUAUGUUGCAAGCACCCAUGUGUAUCGUAAGACAGAUUGCGAGUGCCAAUGACUACUUAUUGGGCGGACUGAGAUCAGUUGUAAUGGAACUACCGCAUAUGGAAUUGAAUGAAGAGCCUGGAUUACAAGUAGCCUGCGGAAUUCAUAUAUUAGCUGUAGGUUUCCCGGAAAUUUAUGACGAUGGUAAGUAUUCUCUCGUAAACAUCAUUUCGGGCCCAAAUAACAUAUGGCGAAACACAAGGAAAUUUAUGACGGGUGGAUUUCGACAGAGGCCACUUGUUGUAGUUGGGGGCCUUGGCGCACUUGGUCAAGUCAUUACAACACACGCUGCGAUUAACUGGAAAAAUUCGGUCAUUUUUGUUCAGUCUCGUGUGGGCAGAUCUGUAGCAAACAUAUUUCCAGGAGUGUGCUUAAUGGUGAUUUAUGCAGCCGAUGUAUGUGUUGCAUCAUUCCGCGAAUCUUGCUUUCCUCGAAAUAUUCAAAGUCCAACGGUAGUGAAUACUGCUGGUGUUUUGCGUGACACUACCACCGCGAACAUCGAUGCAAUCAAAAUAAGAACUGUUCUCGCUUCAAAAUGUGCACGUCAAAUUGGCAGUAACCAUUCAGUUCAGGAUGCAAUACACGUUUCCUGUUUGUUUUCAUCGAUAGCAGUGAUGCUCGGUUCUCCAGGACAAGCAGGUUAUUCGGCAGCAAAUGCAAGGUUGGACGAGACAGCCCGCCGCUAUGCUAAUGCGGGUUUACCUGUAUGUUCUGUUCAGUGGGGGCCCUGGGAAGCAAUAGGAAUGGCAGAUAUGGACUGUGUCAACGUGCAAAGGUUAAGAAACAGGGGUCUGCAUUCAAUUCAGUUGUACGAAGGCAUGCAGUUCUUUGAGGCCAUAUUAGAGCUUUUUGAGACUUCACAUGGGGGACAUGCGGUCGUAACGAGUGUUUCAAGGACAGAUUGGAAUAGGUAUGUAGCUGCAGUUCCAAUGGCGCGAGGUUGCGCACGUUUACUUUUUCAAAACUUUGUGGAAAUUCCAAAGAACGGAUCUGAGCAUCACUACCCUCGGAAAGAAGUGAAAACAUCCAAAACGUCUCAACGUUUAACCCUGGUUCAAAGUUGUAUCGAUCUGAAUGCGAUAACUGAACAAGUCAUCAGCAUUGUUCGGCAGUUCAUAGGUGGAGAAUUUCCCUUGAAUUUGCCGUUCAUGGAAGCUGGGCUUGAUUCACUAACAUCAGUCGAGCUUGUGUACAGCCUCUCAAAUGCUUUCAGCAUUAAACUCGCCGCAACAGUGAUAUUUGACUAUCCUUCAAUAGAUGCUCUUGCAAACUAUGUCUGCGGAUUGUUAAAACCUUGCACAACACUGCAGUACUCGGACCAAAUGCGGUCCGAUGCAACAGCAUUCCAAAUGGACAACGGCGAGCGAUCUUCAACUUCUGUUCAAAUGAAAUGCUGGUCACUCUCAGGUGACGAUUCUUGCUUCGACACAACUUUCUAUUAUGAUCGACCUGACAAGGUGCCAAUUUCACGCUGGGAUGCUGAAAAGGUGGGAAGUGUGAAGAAUCUUCCGUCCGCAUUCGCUGCAUUCAUCUCGUCACCAGAAGCUUUUGACCAAGAAUUGUUCCAUAUAUCUUUUCUCGAGGCUUCCAUCACAGAUCCCCAGCAACGACUUGUGCUGACCGGUACACUCAAAAUCAUUACCCCUAAUAUCUCGAGGGAAAUUGGGAGCGCAGGUCGGCGUGGUGUGUAUGUUGGUCUUGCCAGCUGUGACUUCAGUUUACUUUCAGCAUCAACAAGAGAUCCUGGAUCACACUGCACAUCUGCAUUUGCUGCCACUGCUUUCUUCAGCAGUGUAACACCCGGUAGGACAUCAUAUGUAUUCGGUCUAACAGGUCCAAGCAUAGCCUUUGACACUGCGUGCUCCUCCUCCUUGGUAGCGCUAAAUUCUGCUUUCAUUGAUCUCAAGUCUCUCUGCAUUAACAAACUGAGCGAUGUUGAGCAUUUGCAUAGCGCUCUGGUUGGAGGAGUCAAUGUUAUGCUGACUUCUUUCGUCACGGGGACUUUUGAAUCUGCAGGUAUGCUAUCUUCUUCUGGUAGGUGCAAAACUCUCGCAGAGGAUGCUGAUGGUUACGUUCGUGGAGAAGCAUGCAUAAUGCUGCUAUUGGAAAAACUUAAGGAAUGUCAAAUUGAUUUCUGUGGCACUCCAAUAAUAGCUAGUGCAGCCGUGAACCAGGAUGGUCGAAGCAGUACACUUACAGCUCCAAACGGCCAUGCUCAACGGCAUGUCAUCAGUUUAGCAUUAUUUUACGCGAAUGAGGAAGUGUCAAAUCAGUUGCAGACCUCGCACACACUUGAAAUGCAUGGUACCGGCACGCCACUCGGAGAUCCUGUAGAAAUUGGCGCCUCCCAAUCUAUUUUCACGAAGUUAAUCUCACUGGUUACUGCAGCUAAAACCGCCAUGGGACAUUGCGAGCCAGCGGCGGGAAUGUGUGGAUUGAUCUGUAUUGCAGAGAAGGUUAUUAAUCUGCACAUUGGAAAGGUGGGCGUGUUACACUUACGAACCAUCAAUCCACAUGUAGCAGAAGCUACAUUUGAGCAUGCAUGUUUUCGUGGAUCCCGAGAGCUCGCCGCCAUUGCUCAGGGGAAGGAAUCAUAUAAAGCCGGAGUGAGUGCCUUCGCGUUUCAGGGCACAAAUACCCAUGUUCGAUGUUUCCAAGACUGUGAUCAAAUCAUAAGGCGUUCGCAUCUCCACAAAAUUAUUGUCACAAACCCUCACAGGGUGUGGAUGACUCCAAUCAGGCGUGCGAGCAUCUUUUCAUCAUCCGUAUGCAAUGAUGCGAAUGGGCUGUCAAUUGUAAAGUCAAUUGCAUUGGAUUUUGUCUCUGACUGUAAGCCGCAAGCAUCACCGUAUUUGGAUCAUGUGAUUUCGGGACAUAUUUUGUUUCCUGGAUCUGGGUUACUCCAUCUUGCAUAUAAUGCAGUCGAUGCAGUGCUCACAAAAGGAUCAGAUCAACCUGAAAUCUGUACUGCAGUAAUUCCUGCCCCCCUAAAAAUACACGCGACAAUGCAGAAUACUUUGACUGUAUCGGCGUGCCUCACGCAUGGUGAAAUUCGGAUUGAAUCAUUCACCGCAACGCACUUUGUCUCAUGCACACAUUGCAUUCGCGCCGAUCACACCUCGCUAUCCAAAACCUAUCAUAUGAAAGAGAUUUCGAGGGAGGCACUCCGCGCCUUUCACACCAAGCCUAUUGACUCUUCGUUUGCAUAUCAGUGCAUGGUACAUGCAGGGCUUCAAUGCGGACCAUCAUUUCGCCUGAUGUGCAACAUUUGGUAUAGUGGAGAGCGGGGGAGAGCGAUCGCCAGUAUACGAACACUGCGUAGCCAGCUUUGUGCAAUGCCGUCCAUCAUUGACUCGAGUAUGCAACUUGCUGCACCACCAAUAGGAGUUUCAAAAUGUCUUCGAGUGCCUGCAGCUGUUGGAGGUUAUCUUCAGACCACGAUAAAAGAAGAUGAUACAAUAUCCAUUGAAGGCUUUGGAGUUGCACUGGCUUUUGGAGAAAAAAUGACUACAGCUGAUCAUGUCAUGACUGACCACGUCGUCUCAAACGUGCACUCAAACCAAGAGUUUUCAAGACUCUUCGAAAUGAAAUGCAAACCUGUUAACAGUUCACCUAUAUCACGCAAAAAUGAAACACAAAAUUUGGCUUUAAACACCCUCUUUUCCCCACACCUCAGGGCGAUGCCAAUUAGCAAUCAAAAUGCUCAUAGCACACCCACCAGCUUACGAAUGAAAACCAGCUCAUUACGUGCAAGCUUGGCAGCAGCGGCUGCUGCUCAAGCAUUCAAGAGGGAGAGAUUAAGUUUUCAUCUUCCUAGUUCAAAUUUGCAUAGAAUUACUGGAUCUUCUAUUGCCACGCUACUGCACUGCUUUGAGCAAGAGAACCCACUUAGUUGCAGCUCAAACCGCGAUGAAAGAUGCAUCGAUGGAAUUCAAAUGCUCUCGGUUCUACUCCCAGAUCAUUCUGAGAGCAUUAAAAACGGUCCCGAAAUUUCAACAGGGUUAUUUUUCAACGCACUUGGUUCCGGUGAGCAAAAGCCGCAUGUUCUCAAAGCCCAGAGGCAAAGCUCCUCUCGAUAUCGGACGUUGAUCGUCACAGGAGGUACUGGUGCACUAGGAAAUACAAUUGUGACAGACAAUGAGGUUAUUAGAAAUAUAAAUCAUACAAAAUUGACAGGCCGUUCUGGUCGAACAGGAAAGUCAAGCUUCGCCAAAAACACUGCUCACCUCACAAUAGUAAGGCAUACUAACAUGACACAUGAAAUAACCAUGCGCCUCUUCACAAGUCCCGGGUCACUUAUUUUUAAAUUAGACGGGAAGCUGUGUGAUUGUAUGCUUCAAUCUCAAACAGUCGGCACAUUUCGUACAGUUUUCGAGCCAAAAAUGUGUAUCAGAGAUCCCGUCUCAGAUGUUAUGUUGAAAUUCCUGAAUGCACCACAUGCAUUGAUACUUUUCUCAUCAAUCGCAUCGCUCCUGGGUUCAAAAUCGCAAAGCAACUAUGCUGCUGCAAACGGGAUUUUGGAUGCAAUUGCAGAACCGUCUCUGCAGAUGGGAAUCGCGUGUCAAGUCAUUCAGUGGGGCGCAUGGGCUGGUCCCGGCAUGGCUUCAAUCGGCUCCAAGCGGCUGGAACGAAUAGGUAUACGAUUAAUCAGCCCUGGGGACGGGGUUCAUUCUCUAUGGAGCAUUGUUGAUGGCUGCACUUCACCGCCGCUGCCUCUUGGCAUGAAUGUGAUAUUAUCCGUCGAUUGGGCAAAUAUACUUUCAAGACAGCCUCAAUCAUCAACUUUGUUGGGAGGGAAAUUUUCAGAAAUAGCAGAACUCAUCACACCCACACUUAGAAGCUGCAGCUACCUUGUAAGCUGUGAACAACAUGAAGGACCAGGCUCUCUGAAACCUGCUUCUACGGCUACAACGCGAAUAGAUGAUACGAAUCCCAAAUAUUUUCCAUCUGAGGCUGAAAUCUGUACUCUGGUUCAUGAGGAGUUGGCUACUCUACUUGGCAAAGACGAGGUAGACCCCAAUUUACCUAUAAUGCACACUGGUCUUGACUCGCUCAGCGCCGUUGAUCUUAGGGCCACAAUAGGAGAAAAAUUUGGCCACGUCCUUCCUGCAACGCUCUUCUUUGACUACCCCACUGUAGCAUCAGCUGCUGCUUACAUCAUGUCGAUGUUGUGUGAUUCAAAAGUAGGCGAUGUUUCAUUGGGGCAAGUCAACGGAUGCACUAACCUGAUGAAUACAUCUCCUUCUUCUGUAAGGAUUGUUGGGACAAGUAGGGAGGCCCUGGAGCCUCUGGAUACUGUAUCGCCGAUUUCAUCCGACAGAUGGGAUGUCGAGAGGUACUCAACAUAUGAUGACAAUCCGUCCACAGGCAUUCAGUUUGGAUCGUUCGUUUCCAUGGGGCGACUUGUUGGCGUGGAUUUCUCUUUUUUCUGCGUAGGAAUUAGUCUUGAGGCUGUGCACCUUGAUCCACGCCAAAGGCUAUUAGUCUUAGAUGUCGCAUCCACUAUGAAAGCAGCAAAUAAUGAUGCGGAGCAUUUUGCCUUGCAUGCGGGGCUUGCUGGUAAAGAUCAUUCAUUGCUGCUAGAAGAAUGGGGUCAUAAAGAAAAUGCAUACACCGGGAUUGGCGUCGAGUCAUCAGUUCCUGUUGGGCGAGCAUCAUUUUUGCUGAACCUUCGCGGGCCAGCUAUAUCGAUCGACACCGCAUGUUCAUCGUCUCUUGUUGCAGUAAACUUAUCUCUUGAUUUCACAAGGAAGAACCAGUCAAGUGGAGCUUUCACGGUCGGAGUAUCACUCAUGUUGACGAUAGACAUGCAUAAAAAAUUGGGCCGCGCUGGCAUGCUAUCUUCAUCUGGAAGAUGCCGCACAUUAGAUGCUGGAGCAGAUGGGUACAUUAGGGGGGAGGCCUGUCACACACUUCUAUUGUCAACAUCAAGCAUGAGUCGUGCGUUUGUUGCACUUUGUGGGUCAGCUGUAAAUCAAGAUGGUCGAAGUAGCUCACUUACCGCGCCAAAUGGCCCAUCUCAGCAAGAAGUAAUCGGUAAGGCCAUUGAUGAUGUCUCUAUUUUUGAGGACUCGCUAGAUUACUCGUGCGGUGUGUUGCAGAUGCACGGUACUGGGACUCCGCUUGGAGAUCCUAUCGAGUUUGGAGCCGCGAGUAUUGUGCUCCAGACGUUACAAGCAAACACCAGGUUUGAGGCUUCAAAGUCAUGGAACGCACAUGGCGAACCAGCUGCUGGGGCUCUUAGUCUUUGUGAACUAACCAACAAUCUGUCCAAAUACGCGAUUUCUGGUCUGUGCCAUUUGAGAGCAUUGAAUCCCCUCGUCAUGGAAACUUUAACGUCUGAUGACAACAUCACAAGUCUCGCGGUAAUUGCUCGACAGGUUUCUUCCAUGAUGUCAACGAAUUGUCAGGGUGGCGCAAGCGCAUUUGCCUUUCAAGGCACAAAUGCACAUGUUGUUGCAAAAACGAUGAACGUCGAAUAUUCUAGUGCUAGGUAUGAAAAGUCUGCGUUACUGCUUCACUGCCAACGGGCGUGGCCAGCAACACGAGCUGUUGCUAGCCUCCGCGCUUGCAUGUUGGCUGUCUCAUUAGGUGUGAACAGCUCGCCAAUUUCAUCGGCAAUUGUCGCUUCUCUCAAGAGCACUGAAUGUUUGAACGCACUGCAUGCGGCGUUUACAGCUGUAAGAGCCUUCCACGAUGCCGACUUCUUUGCCCUGAUUUCCAACACAUUUAUUUCCUCGAGUUAUGCUUUGACAAACAGCAUCACCGUGGAGAUCGGAAGUAGCGAUGGAUCGGCGUAUAUUUUCAAAUCAUCUGGUAGCCUCGCUUUCAGAGGGGCAGGAUCAUGUUUGGUUCAGUCAAAAAAGAGAAUUGAUCAUUCUCAUUUAUUCGCACAUCUGAAAAUCUUUUUUCAUUUAAAGAAUGGGGGAAUGUACUCGCAAUUCUUGGACUUGUCACGCAUCACGCUUUGUGGCGGGCUCUCAUCGGCGCUCAAUAUCCUCGAGACGUAUUCCAUCAUGCGUUUGCAACUUAAAUCUGUGGGCGCAUUUACCGCAUGGGAAGAGUUUUGGCGAGGCGAUUCUGCUGAUGCCGUGUUUACUGCAAAAUUUUUGAGUAUAUCCGAUUCUGCAAAUUGUAUUGAUACACACUUUGAAAUGAACAGGGAUGCAGGCGGUCACCUUGGGAACAAAUCGACAACAUUGGGGUAUGCGCUCGAGUGGCAAUGUUCUUGCACUGAUCCAGAACUUAGUAUUGUACCCGUCAAUAUCUUGUUUCCUGCAUCAGGACCGCAGCAAUCAGAGUCAGUCAAAUCAACAGCGAGUGUCCUUGAAACAUUGCAGCACAGAGAGCUCGCCGGAAUUUUCGGUGGUCAAGCAAACGCUAUCAUCCCUGAUCUUGGUGGAAGCAUAACGGCCUUAAUGCGCGCUGUAUCUAGUGAGAGUAACGUGCAAAUAUCUUUCAAAACGGGCUUGAAUGCUUCUCCAAGGCUUCUUCCACUUCAAGCAAAGGCGUCCAUCGUUGCAUUGGAUCGCAUGCACACUGUUGAAAUAAUUGGCGGCCUGGGUGCGCUAGGCAUGCUAGUAGCACGUUGGCUCGCCACACAGACUACUGUGAGCACUUUGCGCCUCUAUAAUCUAGUAGGAAGGAAUAAAGCGUUCAAAAACUUGAUGAUGCACCCAGCUAUGGUUAUCGCAAAAAACUUUGAUGUGUCGAUACGUGAAUUCUGGAACACGAUAACUUGGCACGAUGCUCUCUUCGGAUGCAACGGUAUACUUCGCGAUGCAUCAAUUCAAGGACAGGCUGUCGGCAAUGUCCGAUGUGUUUUCGCAUCUAAAUAUGUCACCCCUCACCACACAGAUGAUUUGUUACCUAUAAAAUUCAAGUGUCAAUAUUCAUCGCUUGCUUCCCUGCUUGGCUCCCCGGCACAAGCAAACUACUGCAGUGCAAAUGCAAGAGUCGACCACGCUGCAGCAAGGGAUCGCUUGGCUGGUAGGUUAUCACUGAGUAUCCAAUGGGGGCCCUGGAUCGGCGUUGGAGGUAUGGCAUAUGUAAAGCAACACACUCUACGCAGACUGGAACGCGAUGGAGUGCUAGGAGUAACAAAAUAUGAAGGCAUACGCUUUCUCAGCAUGAUGUUCUCAAACUGCCCUGCAUCUCAUCCGACUUUUAUAGUGAGCAAAAUUGAUUGGCCAAAGCUCUUAAAGUCGCGGGCUAAUGCAGGGCCCAUUCUUGCAGAAUUUGGGAUGCGUUGUCUAAGUACAUGCAAAUCAGCUGCGAUCACUCCAAACUUCCCAAUCGAUAUUAAUCCAAAUUCAACAUCAUCUAAUGAAGAAAAUAAAUUUAACGUAAGUCUCAUGUCCGUCAACAACUUAGUGUCAAGGUUGGUUUCUGACGUCCUUAUAAGGCCCGUUUCGUUUGAAGAACCGCUUAUGGAUUGUGGAUUGGACUCGUUGGGAAUCCUGGAACUUCAUAGUGCUCUCAGGAUAGCAUUCAAUCACAUCAUAUUUCCUUCUACUGUGAUGUUUGACCAUCCUUCUAUUUCGAGCAUCGCUGCUUUCAUAGUAAACCAUGAUCGACACACUGUGGCUGAUUCAAUAUGCAAAGAAAUGUCGCAAUCAGCAAAAAACUGCACCGGUCGAGCAGAGGUGGUUUCUGGUGAUGGUUCAAACAUAGCACUCAAACAUCUGUCAACAGCUCGCGAUUGUUGCUUUGCCAUCCCUACCAUUCGAUGGGAUCCAGAAUUUGAAGCCUCAAGGGUCGCUCAUCAUAUCCCUAUGCACUUUGCCAACAUGAUUGAGUGCAUUGAUUAUUUCGACCUAAAGAUAUAUGGAGUGCAACUAUCAGAGGCACGCCAGAUGGACCCGCAACAACGCCUACUUUUGGACGCGACGCUUGCAACCACACUGUGGCAGACUAUCGAUACGGCAAAUGUAGCUGUAGCCGUCGGCAUUCAGCACAUGGAGUAUGCGCAGCUAUGCAGCAACCAAUCAACUUUUGGAUUCAGUCCAUACGUUGCAACUGGUUCUGCACUUAGCGUCGCCUCUGGGCGCUUAUCUUAUGUUUUCAACUACGGGCAGUCAGCGAUAAGUGUCGACACCGCUUGUUCUGCUUCAUUGUUGGCGAUCCAUAUCUGCAUUUACGCAGUGCACCACGAGGGAUCUGGAGGCCUUAGCGUUGCAGGAGGAGUUAAUCUAACCCUCAGUGCGAACAAUUUCACUAUAAUAAAUGCAGCUGGGAUGUUAUCAAUGGAUGGUCGGUGCAAAGCUUUGGAUAGCGUAGCAGAUGGAUAUGGAAGAGGCGAAGCAGCUGGGGUCUUCUUAAUCUCACAUCUUCCUGCGGAGCAGAGAAGUUCGGAUUCGUCAAAAUUAUUAUUCAAUUUCGAAAGCACAGCAGCAAACCAAGAUGGUCGAAGUGGUUCUCUAACUGCUCCAAAUGGCAUUUCGCAGCGACAAGUGAUUUCCACUGCAGUAACACGAGCGGCUAAGAUAGACAAUCUCUUGCACUUUUCGGUCCAUGGAACAGGAACUGUUCUGGGUGAUCCUAUUGAAAUAAGCGCUGUUGGGACAGUUCUGGUUUCCAUGCUCUCUGUUAACAAGCCACUGGUAUCUGUAUUGGUGGCAUCUAAGACUGCACUUGGUCACACAGAGGCAGCAGCCGGACUUGCCGCACUUAUGCAGGUCUCCCAAUCUGUUGUAUUUAGACUCUCAGUUCCUCUGAUGCAUCUUCGGAAUGUAAACCCAUAUGUUGUUGUGGAAUGUUGCAACAUAUGUUUGCCUCGAAAUAUGAUACAAGCAUCUUUGGGAGCUGUUGGAGUAAGUGCAUUUGCGUUCAUGGGUUCAAACGCCCACGUCAUCAUUCGGUCAGAAUAUAUGGGUCCGAAUGCGACCAAACGAUCUGAUAUUUUAUCCUGGGACAAGACAUGGGCGUGGAAGCUAGAGGGGCUUCAGGGGACCAUAUCCUUGAUCGUUCCUCGUGCCGAUGUCAACUUCAAACCAUUUCAGUUGUGUUUUGAACGCAGCCCAUGUUUCUUUUCUCGAUCAUCAUUUCAACAUCAAAUGACGAUGAUUGAUGCGCUUUGUAUAGCAACUCACCUCAUCACAUGCACAGUACAGUACAGUCGCUGCGCAAUUUUACUGAAUCACGCGAUUGCAAUUGCACCCCUCUCAGUGCCUGAGUUAAAGCAACUUGAAUUAGACACAAUCGGCGGGAGUGUAGUCAUGAACCGAAUCAUCCGAUGCCAAGUGCAUGUCUAUAGGAUUUUUAAAAAUGUGUUCCAUGUUUUGUAUGCGUGUUUUGGUGGCUACACCAAAAGGAACGUAUCCGAUACGGCUUCACUUAUGCCUAUUAGAGGUUCAACGAACUUAGUGCGCAACAAGUUGUUUGCAAUUCAUGCGAUUCUGCACGUGGGAUCGAUAUCUUACUCAGUACCAGUCGCCGCAGACGCGUUUAUUGACAGCAAAACCCUUGAAAACGUUCAUGAAUCUGCAUCCAAAAGCACUGCAGAUACUGGCAAAAGAUUCCAUCUAAAGUGCACAGGUACCUAUGUAAUAGGCGGUAUUCUUGAUAGAAUAUCGUAUAUGCAAGGAUUUGAUGAAGUCAAUUCUCGUGAUGGUGGCUAUUGUCACUGUAUAGAAAACAAUUAUGUCCCACAAUGUGCACCAAUCGCAUCAUCAGCUGACGUUCUCGAAGUUGUCCUAAAUGCGGUAGCUGAAUUUUCCGGUAAAUCAGUUGUUCUUGAUGAGUCUCUCAUCGAUUUGGGAAUUGACUCCAUAGCUGCAGUAGAGCUAGCUUUGACUCUGCAAGAAAGACUUGGGCUGAGAUCUCUAGAUGUGGCUAACAUUGCCUCAUGUCAAACGCCUAUGGCUAUGGCUCAAUCCCUCUGCUCUGAAAUCGACAAGAGUAAAUGCAUUCAGAAAUCAGAAACAAAUGUUAUACUUUCAAAUCCUGUGCAUGAUCAGACCCAGCGCUCUAUUAAUCAUGAAAUCAAGAAUCAUGAACUCAAAGUACUGCAUGAGAGUGCGUUUACUAGACCAGCGACACUAUUUCUUGGAGCACCGGCUUUUGGCGAUGGACAACUAGCCUAUAUGCGGCUUGUCUCCAGCCUGUAUCUAGGUGCGCAUCCCGUGCUAACUCUUGAACGAAAUUCACACGCCGAGCCAUGGCCAAUGUUGGCAGCAGGGCAUGCACAUCAGAUCGCACAGCACGAAGUGAAUGCAGUCAAAGUCAAUAUUCCAACAGUUCUGGGUGGCCAUUCCUUGGGUGGGGUACUUGCGAUGGAGACAGCAUCGCGGCUCGAAAACGAUUAUUUCAGAAAGGCUGUGAUGCUUUUGUUUGAUGCACCGCAUCCUGUGCAAUUUAAACCGGAUUGGCACAACAUCUCAGAUGACUGUGAUGGCGAUAUUGCUUCCUGGUCUACAGGACUGACUUACAUGGGCAUCGCAUUACAGAGCUUCCACUGUGAUUUACUCAAAUGUGGCUGGUUUGAGUUGAGUCAAAACGAGAAAUAUUCUCUCUUUGAAGAUGUUAUCUUCCAAGCUCUGGGUAGAGUUGUUUGCGCCAGAGAAAUGGACGAGCAGAUUAGCGCAGGGCCAUUCGCCGCCCAAUGGAAUAGUGGAAUAGUUAGAGACGAAACAAAUUGUACAUGCGAUGUUUCUGCAUGGAAAAUGCUUCAGGGAACUUUUGAUUCAGCAGAGAAAAGUGCUUCUCUAAAAUCCUGUUUUAGAAAGAUUCAGGGGAAGGCCAUCUGCUACAAGGCCGGCAGAGAAAGUAGUGCUUUAUUUGAAACUGAACUCUUUCUCAAGGAAGGUGACAAAGUACUUGAGUCUAUGACAGGGUACACAUGGGUGCUUUCAUGCGAUCAUGUUGAAAUAGUGCACUGCCAGGGGAGUCACAUGGAUUUGAUGACCAAUGAGAGUGAUUGCAGUGGCGAUCUGUCCUUUACAAUAAGUCCACAUGUUAAUGAAGAGCUAGCGCGAGCUUGGAUAGAUCUAAAACAAAAAUAUGAUCAGAAUCCCCUGUGGAAGAAGUGCAUUCCUAGUAGCUCCCGCGAAGCUUGGGAAAAACCAGCAUUCAUUCAGGUGGCAUCCCUUCCAUUCUGGCAAGCACCUUGUGUUAUGUCGCAACAGCUUCCAUGCAAGAGUAAAAAAGGAAAGUUUUCUGUGCGUAUGGAUGCGGAGGAUUCGUUGUUUAUGCUUGGCUUGAAUUAUUUUUCAAACCAAGGAUUGCUCAAAUUUCGGGGAGAGACCCAGGAGGAAGCUAAGGUCACAGCAGUCGUCUUCAUUCAGGAUUUACUCAGCAGAAUGGCUGAGUGGUUGCUCCCUGCAUUCGACACACGCCUGCCAUGCUUAGCUUGCCACCAGCAAGAACGGCAGAAGAACAUCAGGACUCACUUUUCUGACGAAAUACGGGCAUGUGAGGUGCUAAAGAUGGUGCUUGAUGUCAUGACCAUCAUGACCAAGAAGUGCACUUUCGGCGGCAAAUCGACCUCCCUGUUGAGAAUAAUACUCGUGGCCCUUCCAGAGACAAAAGCUGCCAAAAUUGCGUUCCAUGUUGCGAACUUGUACCGGUGUGCCGGAGGAAACGCGCAUGCAUUUGUUGCACUAUCGCGCCCUGUCCCUAUCAAUUCUGAAGAUACGCGGGAUUCACUCCUCCGUCAACUAAGUUUUGACGCAAAAAUUAACUCCAUCAAUCCUACUUCAUUGGAACCGGCCAUUCAGUCCCUAGCCACACGGUACCUAGAGGCGGAGACUAAAUUGCAUAUUUCAUCCACAGUGUUUGCAAGAUUUCUACAACACCUCCAGGGGUGUUCAGAAGGCAAGUUCAUGGAGGCAUUCCUUGCGCUGAGGCCAGCUCUUAAAAUGAGAAGUGAGUGGACCACGACAAUAUGUAGAGGUGCGAUGACUGCGGCAGCAGCGUGGGAAGCGGCAAUGAACAAUUUGCAUUUGUCCAUGGUGUCUUCACAUGUUACCGUGAUGUAUGAUAUCUGA